CCCCCGUCAAUGCUUGCAAGACAGAAGACACCUGACCUGAUCUGACCAGGCAGAUCGAGUGGCUUGCCGUCGCGUGCAACCGCAACCGCCGCUGGUAUUAUAUAGAGACCCCUAUUACAUAUAUCGGCCGCUGUGGCGCUUGUCGUCGAUCGUUCCAUCGACCGGCGGCCGGCCAGCCUAGCUCUUGGCUCUUGCUCCGAUCGGAUCGAGCGCCGGACAAGUCAAGGCAGCCGUACGUACGACGAUGGCGCAGGGCAGCCGCAGCGCUGCCGUGCCCGCCGCAGCGUCCUUCUUCGCCCUUCUCGCCGUGGCGGCCCCGCUGCUCCUGUGCUGCGCGCCGGCCGCCGCGGAGCUGGCCAGGCUGGAGCACCCGCCCAAGGACGGCGGCUCGCUCAGCCUGCUCGUCGUCGGCGACUGGGGCCGAAAGGGCACGUUCAACCAGUCCAGGGUCGCCCAUCAGAUGGGCAGGGUUGGGGAGCAGCUCAGCAUCGACUUCGUCAUAUCCACCGGCGACAACUUCUACGAGAACGGCCUGACGGGCACGGAUGACGAGGCGUUCGAGCAGUCUUUCACCGAUAUCUACACGGCGAAGAGCCUGCAGAAGCCGUGGUACCUGGUGCUGGGAAACCAUGACUACAGGGGUGACGCGCUCGCGCAGCUGAGCCCGGUCCUGCGGAAGAUCGACAGCCGGUUCAUUUGCAUCAAAUCAUUCGUCGUCAACGCAGAAAUCGUGGAGUUCUUCUUCGUUGACACCACCCCGUUUCAACUCAAGUACUGGACUCACCCUAAGGACGAUCACUACGACUGGAGAGGGGUGGCGCCUCGGGAAAACUACAUAAACAAUCUGCUCAAGGAUUUGGACGGGGCCAUGAAGACAUCGACUGCGGCGUGGAAGGUUGCCGUGGGCCACCAUACCAUGAGGAGUGUCAGUGAUCAUGGUGACACCAAGGAGCUACUGCAGCUACUGCUUCCAGUCCUCCAGGCCAACGGCGUCGAUUUCUACAUCAACGGGCAUGACCACUGCCUGGAACACAUCAGCAGCAGAGACAGCCCAAUCCAGUACUUCACAAGCGGAGGCGGUUCCAAGGCAUGGAGAGGAGUGCAGAACCCCACCGAAGAUGACCUCAAGUUCUUCUACGACGGGCAAGGCUUCAUGUCCCUCCAGCUAGACCGUAGCCAAGCCAAGUUCACCUUUUACGAUGUCGACGGGAAGGCGCUGUACAGUUACACACGGUCGAGCCUGAUGGAAACAGGCCACCACCUCCAAGCCUCCGGCUACGUCAACGAGGAAUGAAGCAGGGGCGAGUCAGCAUGCAGCGCUGGAGAACUGAGAUCGAUGCAGUUCAAGCGUACGUAUAAAUUCUCGAGUGCUUGAUGUGGUUCAUCUGUCAAGGGCAACAACAGUUAGGUUUAUAUGUGUGCCCUUGCAUCUCUCGACAUCUGUCACUGCCGUCCGGUACUAUUUGGGGUCAUGCCAUCGAUUCGAAAACAUGACAUGGUAGGGGCAGCCAUGAUGUAGCAAAAAAAAAAAUAGUGCAAAUAUUCAUUAUCGAGGAGUUAAAACAUUAAUUGUGUGGACAGCGGCCGAGCAUAGGACCAAAAUCAGCAGGGGGCAAUCAACAGAUUAUGUAAAAAUUACAUGGUUCAGUGGUGCGACAAUAAAGACACAGUAUAUAUAUGG